UGGUUAUAAUUGUUCCUAUUUGCUUUUCAAAAAAUGAUUUCAGUUUGUCUUCAAAUCGCUCAUGUAAUACUGAUUUAAUUGGAUGUGUUUUCAGUCUCGAAUCCAAAGGCCCUGAGACGCAACAGUAUGGAACUAUUGCCCCCAGAGAUGUCUGAAAGUCCUACAGAGCGAAGGAUUGUGCUGCUCGGCAAGAAUGGCUCUGAGAAGAGUGCUGUUGGGAACUUCAUCCUGGAAAGAGAGGCAUUUGACCUUAACUGUGUACAAAACCACUGUGAGAAAGCCAGGGGUCACGUGGAGGGAAGACACAUAGCUGUAAUCAACACUCCAGACCUGUUAGACCCUCACAUCUCACAUGACAAACUCUCAGAGGAACUGCGUUGGUGUGUCACUCUGUCUAAACCGGGACCUCAUGUGUUCCUGUUGGUGCUGCAGCCUGAGGAGUUCACACAGGAAGAGGGAGACAGAAUCAGGAAAAUCCUAGACACACUCAGUGAUCGGUCCUUUGACUACUCAAUGGUACUGACAACUCAUGAAGACAAGAGGGGACACAUGGAUGAGGAUCACCCUCUGAAUCAGAUGGUCAGAGCCUGUAGAGGGAGGCAGCACCUCAMWSACCMCASUSAKCWRARMSKASWUYUMGKCYAMYUUG